AUAUGUCUUUUCGUUCUAUCUCCCUCAAAGCAAAACAAGAAUUUUAUGCAAGUACAAUUAUCACUGUUUGUUAUUUGUGCUCGCUAUACAAAUUUGCGUAAAAGGAAGUAGUGAGUCCAGCGGCAAUAGUUAAAGUGCGAAAAUACACAUUCCCAUCAAAUGGAUCAGCAGCAACAGAAAAGUGCUGCUCACGUCUCGAAGCUGUUUGUGUGUUCGGCAGUCGACUUUAAAGAUGAGAUUGAAGAGAAAUUUGAGCGUUCGUUUAUCAAUUUGCAGAUGCAAAUUGUUGGACUUAGUGAUAAAGAAAUGCAUGACAUAUUGUCGCAAAUCGUGUGCAAGGACAAACAGCACGAGGAGAUUUCAAUCGGCUUUCUCUACAUAAUGCUUACCGAUCCUGCUAUGGCUCCAAAAACGUAUCGCGAUGUAACGCUCGUAUCUAGGGACGGAAUGAAUGUUAUUGUAGCAAACCUCACUUUACUAGUGGCUGAGAAAUAUUCUAAGCUCACGGAAAUAGCAAGAAGACAAUUAAUUUGGGUGUUACGGGAAUUCGUAAAACACCAGGUUCUCAGUGUCGAAAACGUUAUUUGGAACUGUCUUCGGCAGGCAGGCGGAGGGGAUGCGUCCCAUAGAAAUCUUUUUCUUAUCGAGAGCCUUUUGGAUAUAUUUAUGGAGUUUAGAGCAUGGUUGGAAAACAAUCCAUUCCUCGUUCAGUCUGCAGUUUACAGCUUCGUGCGCCUUAUAGAAGAUCACGCCAAUCCAGCUUUGAUGCCGCUCCGACAAAAGGAGGUGAAGUUUACGAUAUCGUUAAUCCGAGAAAGGUUCCACGAUAUUAUACCUCUCGGAAGGGACUUUGUACGCCUUUUACAGAACGUCGCCCGCAUUCCGGAAUUUGAACAACUAUGGCGUGAUAUACUUUACAAUCCAAAAAGCUUACAUCCAACCUUCAACGGUAUUUGGCACCUACUUCAAAUUCGGACAAGUCGAAGGUUCCUGCAAUGCCGUCUACUGCCAGAAAUGGAACGAAAAAUUAGCUUUCUAGCAUCGUCAGUGAAGUUUGGAAAUCAAAAGAGAUACCAGGAUUGGUUUCAGGACAAAUAUUUCGCAACACCUGAGUCUCACAGCUUACGCUCAGAUCUAAUUCGGUUUAUCAUUAAUGUAAUCCAUCCGACUAACGAUAUGUUAUGUUCAGAUAUUAUACCGAGAUGGGCAAUUAUAGGCUGGCUCAUAUCAUCCUGCACAAAUCCAAUUGCGUCGGCCAAUGCAAAGUUGUCAUUGUUUUACGAUUGGUUAUUUUUUGAUCCAGCUAAAGAUAAUAUUAUGAACAUAGAGCCUGGAAUUCUGGUUAUGUACCACUCGAUUAGAAAUCAUCCCUUUGUCAGUAGUACGCUGUUGGAUUUCCUAUGUCGAAUUACAAAACACUUUUAUGUGAAACAUGAAGAUAGAAUUCGAAUGGGAGUUUACAAUUCAUUGAAAUUAAUUCUGGAUAAGCAGGUGAUACCAAAUAUACAACCUCUUUUUGAGUCAUCAAAACUUGAUAGAGAACUGCGUAAUUUAAUACGGGAAAACUUUAGAGAGUUUUUAUCACCGUCUAAUAGUCUUAGUCAAGCCCCGUCCUACCCUUCAAUGCAUUCAAUUCUGGCUCACAGUGUUAAAAAAGAGAUUGAUCAGCGAAUUUUUCAAAGUGAAAACUUUGAUCUUCAAGGAACUGGCCUUAGUCCUAGCCAUAAAAGUGGAACAGUCAUAUCGUUCCUAGAUGAAGAAAAUAAAAUAGCACUAAUACCAACGGAUCAAGAAAUUGAAAGUGUUUUUAGCGAGGAAGCAGCUAAAAAUUUGGGGAAAAUUUAUAAAAUCGAAGAGAAUACCGAUGACGAUGACGAUUUGCCUUUGUCAAAGGUAAGACUAAGAGAAAAACCAAAAGUGGAACUGGCCGAGGCAAUAGCUGAAUCAUUUGAUUCAUUUGUUACUGGACGGAACUCUUUUACGUGGGAAGUAUUUUUAAAUGACUUUCGGACGUUACCAGCCUCUGCCUUUGAAGAGUUUCAGCUUAAUUAUGUGAUAUCAAAUACUGUUUUAAUUCUACGCGAAACUUUACCGCAACAUAAUCUAUUUUCGGAGAGUAAAACUGAGGAGAAGUUGUUGGCGAAAAGUAUUAGUUAUCCAUUGUAUGGUUUGUUUCGGUUUCUUUAUGAAAAUGAUGAAAAAAGCAAAAAGCCAUUUCAAACUUUAUUGUCAAUGCUAUGUGAAAGCAUACCUGAAAUUGGAUAUUUACUUCUGUACUUUAUGAAAGUUUAUUGUAAGCUUCAAACGCGCAAAAAUUCUCAGCAAUCAUAUCAGUUUAAAACAACUAUUUAUCGACAAAUUUGCGAUGCGGUAGAUGAUAAGGUGGGUAAUUGCCUGGUGCGAGACCUCGAUCUUCUAGAGAAAGAAAGCACAACCAUAUACUUGUGGCUUCUCCCUGACAUAUAUAGAGAGUUCAAGUCGAUAGCGACCAAUAACACUGAUCUCUUGAGAAUAACACUACGCUGCAUAGAUGCAAAAAAUGUGCGUGACAUAAUUUACUCAGUCGCUCAAGGAAAACUUACUAUAUUUAAACAAGAUGGACUCAUUGAUUGUAUUAGAGAAAGUCUUGAAUUUGAAACUUAUGAACAAUUUUGCCUAUGGCAAAUUGUUCAAGCUCACGACGUGCCCCUAAAGAGUAUUCAAGAUCUACUGCCAGAAUUGGAACCCGGAAGUCACCCCGAAGCAUUAAGCCACUUUCUGUUACUGUUAAAAAAUGAAGAACCAACGAAUGAAAUAAUUAGGUUAAUGCUCAGCAGGGAAACCAAGUCGAGGGGAGAUCCAUUCGUAACCUCAGCUUUAAGAUUCUGGUGUCAACGGUAUGAAGAAAAGCUCUCUGAAAUCAUUGCGUCUUUGCUUACAUCCAAAUAUCCAAGUUCGUCUCCUAACAAAAGAAAACGACCAUCUAAGGGGACCUCCAUCACGAAUAGUUCUCCUUCUGCUGAUCAAGUAUUAAGUCAUCUGGAGCAUUAUAGAAGAAGUUGCAGGCAUGGUACUGGUACUGGACUUUACGUUCAUGAUAUGAUGCAAAGAGCCCUGCAAUCAGCAUAUUCUCACAGUAACGAGGGCACAAAGAAACAAUAUAGCGAUCUUUUUGCUCUGGCGGCUGAAGACGACACAACAGCUGUUGGCCGACGUGGAGGAAGUGGUCGUGGCCGGAAGCAAGUAGUCAAUAAAAAGGAUUCCAACAAUCAUAGCUCGUCAAGUAAAAAGAAUACCGAAAUUGUUAAAACAAUAUAUUCCUCCGAUGAAAAUUCUAGCGAGGAGGAUUGGUCCAAACCUAAAAUGACGCAAGCGGCUAAGAGAAAAAAAAAAAAUAUAAAUGAUUCUGACUGACAAUUACAAUCUCAUUAUCUAAUGUGUUGUUGCGCCGAAAAAAAUUAAUUAAAAACAGAACGGAUAUUCUUAAAAUGAAAAAUAAAAGAAAUAAUAAAUUGAAAAGUAAA